AUUUGCUUCCUUUUUUUCUCUCUCGUUCGCAUCGAAUCCGCAUCGUGAAGGGAAAUCCACCGGAAUCCGGAUUGGAUUGGAUUGCGGCAUCCAUUCCUAUUCGCAUUCGCCAUCGCAAUCGCCGUCGCCGUCGCCAUCCAUCCUCGCAGCACCAUAGCGCAGCGCAGCACUCGGCCGUGCUUUGCUCGGCCCACCCAACGCAACCCCGUCCCUAUCGCUCUCCAUCGUCUCCCUCACCUCCACCUCCACCUCCACCUCCACCUCCAGCUCCCCGCCUCCCUCACCAGUCACCACCUCCAGGCCCCCCAGCUUUGGCGUAGACAGACAGGUACCGCGGCGCCAUUACCAAAGAGAGACACACAGAUCGCGGCGCUGCCCGAGAAAAGAAGCCGCGCCCCUUCUUCCCCUCUCCCUUUCCUUUGAUUGAUUCACGGAUCGUCCGCCGGUUGCGACACUAGUUCUGCGCGGGGUUCCCUUGGAUUCGGCCUGGAACCGUGAGAUCAAGAAAAAACGCCUGCCAUUAAACUGCCAAGAUUAUAUAUAUAUUAAAAAAAAAAGAACCAACCUUGAUUCACCGCAAUCUUUCUUCAACAAAGGAAAGAGCCUUGGUUUGAUCGGCGGCGGCCGAUCUUGGCUCGGAUGGUGGCGCCGCCGCCGCAGCCGCCGGCGUCGCUGGACUACUGGCGGGGCUUCUUCAGCGGCGCGCGGGCCAGCAUCUUCGACGCCAUAGACGCCGCCAUCCGAGUAGCCGCCGCCGACCACCCCGACGCCCUCCGCGCGCGCCGCGACGCCAUCGCCGAGCGCCUCUACACCGCGCUCAUCGCCCUACCCGCGCCGGAGGCGCCGCCGGGGCACCCCACCCGUGGCCAGCCGCCGCUCCUCCUCCUCCCCGAGGGCGCCGGCAGCGUGCCCAGCCUCUGCAGCUCCGACCGCGCUGAGGUCGUCAACAACGGCGGCGCCGGCGCCGGCGCCGGCGCCUCGCCGCGGAACAAGAGCGAUGAUGACGACGACGUCGUCGCCGAGGCGUUCCGUGUCAAGGCGGCUCUCUCCAAUGCCCAAGACAAGUCAGAGGCCGAGUUGCUCGAGCUUCUUGGGAGGUUGGGGCAGCUGGAAUUCACGGUGGAUGCCAUUAGGGCUACUGAGAUUGGAAUGGCCGUGAAACCGCUGCGAAAGCAUGGCUCCAAGCAGAUUCGGCAACUCGUCCGAUCGCUUAUUGAAGGUUGGAAGGCUACUGUUAAUGAGUGGGUGAACAACAAAGAUCCCAUUGUAGAUCAUACACCACAAUCAGUGGAUGCUUCUUGCCUGGAUCAGGAAGAAGGGGGUCUGCCUUCCCCUCCCAUGGAUGAGGCAGCCUUGUUUGCAGCACCAUGUACUUCAAUCCAGCUAUCCGAGUUCUUCGAUGAAAUGGAUGAUGAUGGAAACAUUAGGAGUGAUGCCAAGGAUGGUGGUCAGUGUAAUCCGGCAAGCCAAGAGUCAGUCAACAAGCAGUCACCUCCGGGCCAAUGGUAUGACCCAGAGCAGAACUGGAAAGUUGACCAAUCUGCUAUGAAGCAAUCACGACCAAAUGAAGCAUUCAACUGGCAAACAAGGCAGCAAUCUAAUUCAGGGGCGCAAGUGAAGGCGUCAAGUGCAGCUUUUGGUCCAGGAAGACCUCAGAUGUCGCAUACGGGGCCGAAAUGUUCAGAAGUGAAGCCAAAGCAGCAGCAAGAUAUCUCAGUGGCUCAAAGAAGACCGAAACCGACAAUGCCUAAGCAGCCACCAACUCAGCAUGAUGUAAAUUCAGUCCGGGCCAAGCUGCAGCUCGCAAAGGAUGCCAAGCUGGAGGCUACAAAGCGCAAGCUUCAAGAAGGUUACCAAGAAUUCAAUAAUGCAAAGAAGCAGCGAACGAUACAGAUGGUGGAUCCACAAGACCUGCCGAAGCAAGGGAACCGAAACCUAGCACUCAACGGCAAGCCAAGGAACAACAACAGCAGCAACAACAUCAGGAAUCGGCUGGGCAUCCGCCUCUGAUUUCAUCCAUCCACCCACCCACCCAUCCGUUCACCAUGUUUUGUUCACUAAUUAACCACCGGCCGCAGCUUACAAUCUGGAUAUACCAGUUUAGUGUUUCUUUCUUUUGGGUGCAGUACCAUCCAUACAUAUAUGACAUACAUAUCUGGAAGGCGAAAACUUGAGUCGCCAGGCAGGGGAUGCACUAGUGUUUGCAGCCCUAACAUCUUGUCUCGGGUCAUAUUAACUCGUAUAAGUGGCUCGUUCCAAUGGUUGACAAGCUUGUAGAGAGAUAAUGUUACAUUUCAUAGCUAUAUAUAUAUAUAUACAGUUCUGGGACCUGCUGAGA